UAUGCCACUGAUUAAAAUAUAAGCAUCGGAAUUAUAAAGAACCUUAGAACCUGUUAAAUUAAAAUUCAUACGGAAUACGUUAAACAAACAAAUAAUUGAGACAAGAACAAUGAAGCAUCAAAGGCCAUCUGGACAUUCUUUCUUCGAAAAUUCUACUCUGGGUAUAAAACUUUGUACGCAGAAGAUAUAUUUUACAGUAUGAAAAUCAAACAUUACCCAGGAAAAGCGGUCAUGGAGGACCCGUGGCUUUCUUUAAACGAUAGAACUAUGGACCUGGUUUACGCCGCUAACUGGGUCGGGGCGGAAAACUUAAACAAUAAUUAUAGCACCAACAGUAGUAACCAAUCAAAUAGUUCAAAAUUUAACUCAAUAUCAAGGAGCAAAUCCUGCCGAGAUGUGGGUUACAGUGUCGAUAGAGAGGAAUCCCAAAAUGGCCGAAUGUAUGAAGCAGACGAUAUUGAAUAUAGUUAUGCACAUAACGUUUCGAAUAAUAACAAUAACAUAUCUCAAUUAGCAAAAUAUCAACAAGACAUAGAAGAAAAAUCUAGGUCAAACAAUAAUCUACUAAUUCAGAACAAACUUAAACACAGCUACAGUUUUAAAGAUAUGCCCAAUGGUUAUAAACCAUCGACAUUAAGAAGGGUGAAGCGUCGUAAUUUCACUGAAUGGGAUAUCGAUGCUUUUGGUAGCAAUGAUCGACAACCGCCUGUACCUCCGCAACGAAAAGAUUCCCUUAAAUAUGCUCAUCGACAAAGAAAAGUGGAUUCCAAGAAAAGCUAUUACCCGCACCCAGAUCCUGGCCCAGUUCCUCCCGAUCCAUCUUCUGAAUCUUAUUACGAAUAUUACUCACGAGUCAGUCAACAAAAUAACGAUACUGAUAGUGAUAAAAUAAAACAAAUCCAAAAAGAUCCCAAAAAAGACAAACAUUAUAACGACACAGUCUCAAAAUCUUCAACUAGCGGUUUCGGCAGUGAUAUGUAUCAAAUUAUAAAUUCUAUGGCAACUUUAGAUUUGGCGCCUAUAAAAGCACGGUCCGGAAAAAUUAAACUAGAGAAAGAACUUGACGCUUCCGCAUCCGCUUUAUAUAAGCGUCAUAAUAUGAAUGGAUCUACAUGCGAACAAAUUCCUCAACACAUAAAGCAAACAAACAUCGAACGAAACGGUUGUUUUGACGAUGCCAAAUCUAAUUUUCGUUCAAAAUCCUUAAGAGUUAAAAGUGACAGCAGACCUCCCUUAAAACAAUAUUUGGAUACAAUGGAAUUUGACGAAAGUGGAUACAAUAAUAAUGUUACCGUCACUCAACCGAAAAGGAACCUCUCUCCGAGUGAACAACUGACAUUAAUGCAGUACGAAAUGAGUAAAGGAAGUCAAAAUCCGCCGCUACCGCCCAUCAGUAACGGUUAUAACUCUGUUAAAUGGGGGAAAGAAAGUGAAUAUCGGACUAAAAACAAUGCCAGUUGGCAAAAUAAGCCGGAUAAAUACGGCAAACCUUUUAAUACAGUGCGCGUGAAAAGUGACGAUAGAUAUGAUAGGUACAAUGACAUUUUAUCAAUGGGUCAGCCGAAAGAAACUAUAAGUGAAGAGCGUGUUAUUAGUGAUAAAAGUAAAAACGGUGCUUAUCCGCGUAGUGCGAAAAGUUCGUCUAGCGGUUCGGACUCAGAUUUCUCUAUACCCCGACCAAAACUAAUAGUGCCUGUGCAUACAUAUGGAACACGCAAAAGGCGGACAGGAAAUCUAUGUCAACGGGAUAGUAAUGCCACAGAGUCUUCCUUGGACGCUGGUAUACUAUUGGAUGUAACCCGCCUAGAAGAUCAAACGGUCGAUAGUCGCCGAAAUGGAGAUUCAGAGGGCAGAGUGGAGGUGUCCAGAGAGAACAAAUACCUCAGCACAAUGGCACCAGGAAAGGUGUUCGGAGAGCUGGCCAUCCUAUACAAUUGUAAACGGACGGCCACCAUCAAGGCAGCUACUGAUUGCCGGCUUUGGGCCAUCGAGCGCCAAUGCUUCCAGACCAUUAUGAUGAGAACUGGACUGAUCCGUCAAGCAGAAUACACUGAUUUCCUGAAAAGUGUGCCGAUCUUCAAGGAUCUUCCCGAAGACACGCUGAUCAAAAUAUCUGAUGUAUUGGAAGAAACACAUUAUCAAAACGGUGAUUACAUCAUACGACAAGGAGCCAGAGGAGAUACGUUCUUUAUUAUAUCUAAAGGACAAGUCAAGGUAACACAGAAACAACCCAACAGCAACGAUGAAAAAUUCAUCAGGACUCUCACUAAAGGCGAUUUCUUCGGCGAAAAGGCAUUGCAAGGAGACGAUCUACGAACGGCGAACAUUAUCUGCGACUCGCCGGAGGGCACAACAUGUCUCGUCAUCGAUCGGGAGACCUUCAACCAGCUGAUAUCUACUCUGGACGAAAUUCGCACCAAGUACAAGGACGAGGGCGACGACAGGCACAGACUCAACGAAGAAUUUGCCAACUUGCGUUUAUCGGAUCUACGCAUCAUCGCGACUCUCGGUAUUGGAGGCUUUGGUCGCGUAGAAUUAGUCCAAAUACAAGGCGACUCCAGCCGUUCUUUCGCUCUGAAGCAGAUGAAGAAAGCCCAGAUCGUUGAGACGAGGCAGCAACAGCACAUCAUGUCUGAAAAAGAGAUAAUGUCCGAAAUGAACUGCGAAUUUAUAGUCAAGUUGUAUAAGACGUUCAAGGACCGUAAAUACUUGUAUAUGCUUAUGGAAACCUGCCUUGGUGGAGAGUUGUGGACUAUUUUGAGGGAUAGAGGACAAUUCGAUGACUCCACAACAAGGUUCUACACAGCGUGUGUCGUGGAAGCUUUCCACUAUUUGCAUUCUAGGAAUAUUAUUUACAGGGAUCUAAAGCCAGAGAACUUACUACUCGACUCCAAAGGCUACGUGAAGCUGGUUGACUUUGGUUUCUCGAAGAAAUUACAAGCUAGCCGCAAGACCUGGACGUUCUGUGGUACUCCAGAGUAUGUGGCGCCAGAAGUCAUUAUGAAUAGAGGUCAUGAUAUCAGCGCGGAUUACUGGUCGUUGGGUGUUCUCAUGUUUGAGUUACUAACCGGUUCACCUCCCUUCACCGGGGCUGAUCCAAUGAAGACCUACAACAAAAUAUUAAAGGGUAUAGAUGCUGUGGAAUUCCCGCGCUCAAUUACACGCAAUGCCGCGAAUCUUAUCAAGAAACUGUGUAGAGACAACCCUGCGGAGCGCUUGGGCUAUCAGCGCGGAGGAAUUACAGAAAUACAGAAACAUAAAUGGUUUGACGGUUUCAACUGGGAAGGCUUAGCGCAACGCACGCUAGAGCCGCCAAUCAAGCCCACAGUGAAGUCAGCCAUCGACACCCACAACUUCGACCAAUACCCGCCCGAUGCGGACGAACCGCCGCCAGACGACCUCUCCGGCUGGGAUGCAACCUUCUAGAACAUUCUAGAAUAUUCUGGAACGUUCUGGAACCUUCGCGAACAACGCUGAUACAACGCCGCGGAACUUUUACAACUAGAACGUGACAUAUAAAUGUUUAAAAUAUAUUUUAUAUCAAUACUACAAAUGUAUACAAAUAUUUAUAAUCUUAUUAACUCUUAUCCGAUAGCGUUGUAUCUAGCGUAAGGAUAAUACAUAUUUUGUAUAAUAACUUGUCAUUAUGAAGUAAUGUAUCGAAUUUGGCAUUAGUUAGUAAUUUUUUAUCUCAUUUUAAUAAUUAUAAUUAAGAGACGUUUGCCAUUACGCUAUUCAGGCCUUGCCAAGAAUUAUAUAAAUGAUAAAUAUUAUAUCUCUUUCAAAUUUCACGAAGCUUCUAUUUUUCAUACUAUGUUCAUUAUGUUGCAAUCUUUUUUGUAUAAAUAAAUUUUAUUUUCAUUGUUAUAUAAAAAGUCGUUUAUUCAAAUUGCCUGUAAAGCAAACAUUUUACUCCUAUUUAUUUUAAUUCUGGCCAUAUACUCUUUCUACUGUUUUUGUCUUAUAUUUAAAC